UAGGGCAAGGGACACAAGCGAGGCAUCGUUUCCGCGUCCAAGUUGGAAGUGGAGGUGAGAUCGAUGCAGUACAACUGGGCCAGCGACCGCACCGUCAGACUCGAGGUUCUCGGUCUGUGUCCCUCAGGAACCUUCAACGAUACUGCUGCAAGCAAUGCCUCACUUAUAAUGGCGGCUAAGAGAGUGGUAGACACUCUCCUGGCAGAUAUGCAGCAGCUAAAUAUGCCAACUGCAAACGAGACGCAAGAUCACAAGCAAGUACUUCAGAUACUGAGUCUUGUCAGUGAUCUGACGGGCCAAGCCAUGAUGAAGGAUGGCGUCCUACGCUACCUGGCCCUCAAGAUGCUGGCCAUGAACAUCAACCACAUGAUGAGACAUCAGUUCGGACCCAGGGCUUCGCUCAUUUGUUCCGGGGGGAUGGGUUCGUUUGGAGAAUUUGAACUGUUUGGUGGAAUGGGCUUAUCUGGUGGAAGCGGGCCAUUUGGUGGUAUGGGACCACCUGAUGGAAUGGGACCAUUUGGCAGAAAUGGACGACCAAAUAGAUGGGGAUCGUUUGGUGGACCGGGAUCAUUUGGUGGAAAUGGACCACCAGAUGGAAUGGGAUCGUAUGGUGGACCAGAAUCAUUUGGUGGAAAUGGACCAUCUAAUUCAUGGGGAUCAUCCGGUGGAAAUGGACCAUCCGAUGGAAAUGGACCAUCCGAUGGAAAUGGACCAUCUAAUGGCUGGGGACCAUCAGGUGGAAAUGGGCAAUCUAAUGGAUGGGGAUCAUCCAGUGGAAAUGGGCAAUCUAAUGGAUGGGGAUCAUCCGGUGGAAAUGGACCAUCCGAUGGAAAUGGACCAUCCGAUGGAAAUGGACCAUCCGAUGGAAAUGGACCAUCUAAUGGCUGGGGACCAUCAGGUGGAAAUGGGCAAUCUAAUGGAUGGGGAUCAUCCAGUGGAAAUGGGCAAUCUAAUGGAUGGGGAUCAUCCGGUGGAAAUGGGCAAUCUAAUGGAUGGGGAUCAUCCAGUGGAAAUGGGCAAUCUAAUGGAUGGGGAUCAUCCGGUGGAAAUGGGCAAUCUAAUGGCUGGGGAUCAUCCGGUGGAAAUGGGCAGUCUAAUGGAUGGGGAUCAUCCGGUGGAAAUGGACCACCUGGUGGACCAGGAUCAUUUAAUAAUGGAGCGCCAUCUCGGUCAAAGAGGCAGACGGCGCCCCGGGGACAAACGGGCGGUGGACUGCGUCACAUCAGCGAAGCUCAGGGGGCCGAGGGAGACCACGAACAUUCAGACACCAGUUACACCACGAGUGCCAGGAGGAGGGAAGGUGUCAGUCGUCGCUUCGGAGACUCAUAUAACUGGACACAAGAAGAUGGAACUGGAAUACGUAACAGAACCUGGAAUGGCCGAAGAAGACAUAAAUAUCACUCGAAUAUGGAAGAAACAGAUUACUAUGACACGGGAGACGACGAUGGAGCGAGCACGGAAGACUUCUCAAGCUCAGAAGACUUUUCCGGCGGUGAUAACAACUCAGAUGAGGAAAACUUCGAUAGUCGAGAAAACGGAGAUGAUAGAAAUAACUUCGGCUACUCUUCAAGACAGUAUCCCGGACCUCCUGAUAAUGGCUACGGUCCCAGGGGAAGACAACGCGGACGUGGUCCUCGGUUUGGCGGCGGCGGCGGCGGCGGCGGCGGCGGCGGCAGCGGCGGCGGCGGCAAAGGGGGCGGCGGCCAUAGAGACAGAAUGAUGAUGAUGUUACUGAAGAAGGUGGAGCUGAGACUAGCCAGCGGUGCGGCGCCUGAAGACAUGGUGGAGCUGAGCUUCCUGCCGCUCUCAACCCGCCAGGCCAUCAAGGACAUCUACACCUUGAUAACCACCAACCAGAUGAAAAAAUUUGCUAAGUUUGGGAGAGUCUUAAUGAAAGUGGGAGCCUUCUCGGCGAUAGAGGAAUACAUUGAAGACGCGCAGUUGACCACCAUUGACAGUCUGGCCAACAUGACGCAGGCGACGGCUGAUGCUAUGGCCGCCUUCAUUAAGACAAAUGUAUCAACAAUGGUGAUGAAUGCUAUAACAGACAGGAAGUCUGCGCAGGUGUUACUCAAUGUUACACUCAAGUACAUUGAUGUCAUCAAUAAAGACAGAGCAGUUAUUAUCAGCUUCAUAAGAAGAGUGAGUAUUUGUAUUGUAUAUUGUUUUAUAUUCUGUUCGUAAUUUUAAUUUCUGUUUAAUGUCUGCUAUAUUAUUAUAUUUUAU